GUAAUAGCGAAGUUAGUUGAAUAAAUGUAAGUUCGAAUUCACAACCGGUCUGAAGUUAGGCCAGGAAAGAAAGAAUAGAAAAAGAGGGUGGAAGAAAGAGAAAGAAAGAAAUAGAGAGAAAGAAAGAAAGAAAGACAGAAAAAGAGAGGAAAUACGGUUUCCCCCGUCACUUUUUUUUUUAGUCUAGUUUGAUAUGCAACGACUACUACUGCUUUAUUUGAGCAAUUUGUUUUUUUAUAUUAAAGAAGUUUCUUCCGAACAACAGAGGAUUUGGUAUCAGUUUCUGUCUAUUAUUAUUUUAACCGCUCAGACUUGUUUUAUUUAACUAAAAGAAAAAAAAUAAGGCCCCGGCCUUCGUCAAUUGCAAUGACAUUUUAUUUUCGUUCUGUUAACGAGGCGUACCUAUUUAUAUACAAUUCACUCUGAUGGUUUGAAAAUGUCUUGUGACAACCCAAAUUGUGAAACAUGGCUUAAACCUGAACGGGAGUGUCAUCAUCCAAUGUGUGCAGGAAGUGGCAAAUCUGUGUUCUGUAAAAUCUGUGAUGAAACUAUUCAUAAGCAAGAAGGGUACCAAGGGCACCUGGUUAUUGACAUAUUCCCUUUCAGAGGUAGUUUCAAGAGCGGUUUUGAAACUGAAGUCCAGUUCGCACGUGAUCAGAACGCAAGUGAUGAAGAACAAAUGCUGGAAGUGGUAUUUCCGGAACCAGAACCAGACAAUGUAGAAUAUGGACCAACACCAGAACCAGCACCAGAACCAGAACCAGCACCAGAACCAGAACCAGACUAUACACGUAAUGAAUCUCCAGUGUUUGAUGAAACUACUCCUCGCUUUGUGAAACAUAAUGCAGCAACACGGUUGUCUGCUACUAUGUCAAAACGGCUGAAACGCAAAGAUGCUGUCAAAAGAAGACCCAGUAUGGAUGUUCAAAACCGAACCCGCAGUAAAAGUUUGUCAGCUGUGGAAAUUGGAAGCCACCUACAGAACAUAGAAUCUAAACUGGCAGGCAUCCAUGUUCAGUCGAUGAAUGUAGAUCUAACACAACAGCAGCCACAGAGUUUUAUGCCUGAAUUUACGUGGAAUGAAAUCCAGUUUUAUAUAGAAUCUACUCAAAGCCACCUGAAUUUAGUUGUGUCGAAAGGAAAAACCAUCCAAGACCUUUUGGCACCAAGACUAAAUGUAGAUGUAAAUACAAUAGAGUUUUACCUUGAAGGUUCUAAUUCAGCAUUACCAUUGUACAGCUUAGCCACCCGAGUACAAGGCAAUCGAAUUUAUCUAAGAGAUAGAGGCAACCGGACGCUUGCAUUCAUUAAGGAGAAAGAGUCUAAAAAAACCCCACAUGGAGUAUUAAUAAAACAGAGGAAAGUAAGUGCCGGAGUAACCGAUGAGACACAGCCUCAAAGACUUGUGCCUAAAACCAUGUUUGUUAAUAAAUCUAAGGACAAAGAUAAACUCGAGCAGAUGUAUGAUAUACUGAAACAUUAUGUCCAGAGGCUGCCAUCUGUGAACUCUGAGGACGUCGUUGGCUUGCCGCCAUCUCUUAUUGAGAAUAGCUGGAGAGACAUUGUGAGAAAUGCUUCUGACCUUCCAAAAGAAACCCAGAGUCAACAGGAAGUGAUAUGGGAGUUACUUAGCACAGAAAUUACAUACAUAGAAUCUCUUCAAGUGAUAACAACUCGAUUUAGGAGUUGCCUUCAAGCUGUACAAAAGGAACUGCCUGGUGUCAUGAAAGAGAUUGAUAUAGAAAUGUUGUUUAGUAAUAUUGUUGAAGUGUUUGCAGCCAACAGUAAAUUUUGGAAGGAGUACCUCUGUGAAUCUUUGAAAGUCUCUCGGCAAACACAUGAACCAAUUAAUCCCAGUUUACUAAAGGAUGGCUUUACAAAGUUCCCAGAAUUAAUGAAACCAUACCAAAGGUUCUGCGCUGAUCAAAUGCUUUGCCAGAACUAUAUUAAGACCCAAUAUAGUAGCAAUGAGUAUUUCAAGAAUUUUGUAGCGUGGGCUGAAAGCAACACCAACUUGUGCAAACGGCUACGAUUGAUUGACAUUAUAAUUACACCAAUGCAACGCCUGACACGAUAUUCACUGUUGCUGCGUCGUAUCAAAGAGAAGUCAGUAGAAGAAAAACAAAAAGAGGAUCUUGAAAUAAUGAUCCAGACAGUGGAGAAAUUUGUCAGUGAUGUGAAUCUCAUUGUUGGUGAAAAACGAGAAAGUGAUAAGUUAAAUGAAAUUGCUUCUCGGAUUGACUCUUAUGAAGGUUGUGAAGCUCCCAAUGAAGAAUGUGUUAAGCUUCUGAAUAAUUACAAUCAAAAAUUUAAACUUACAUCACAAAUGCCAAAUUGCCUUGCCAAACAAAGCCGCUAUUUGCUGCACCAUUGUAGCAUGAAGUUUAAAGAUUCUACAGUCCGGCAAGAUGUCGAAUGCUAUCUUUUCACUGACCUCCUGCUUAUAUGCAAAUUGAAAAAAUUUAAUGAUCGUCUGAAAGUAUUGAAACCACCAAUUAGAGUUGAUCAAAUUAGUCUUGAAGAACUCAAAGACAAAGGAUCCAUAUUGGUGAUACAAACAAACGAUUAUAUUGUUCCUAUAAUGGCGUUCAUCCUCCAUGCUGAUUCUGCUUCUAUAAAAAACUUCAUCGCACAUAUUUAUAAAGCAAAGGACUUGUAUAAUGAAGCUAACCAACAUUCUGUUCAAAAUCAGCCAUACCAAAUCACAGGGAACAUUAAAAGUACUCUACAAUUGCAAUACCGAAGUUCAUUCCAGGAAGGAAAAUAUGAUAAAUUUACUGAUCCUUCUCCUUCCCCAAAGUUUCAUGAGAAAAGCCGACCAAACUCUUUCUCUUUUACCAAACAUAAGCUUCAGAACAGCACUCAUGAACAAACAAUGGCAAGCCCACGUAUUGUCUGCGAAAGUCCAUCUCCAGAAACACAAACAAGUCCUUCUCUUCAGCUACCAACCUCAGAAAUGAAGACAAGCCAUUCAAUGCCAUCUUGUGCUAGUUCUGAGUGGCUUUCACAAACAGUUGGAGAAGAGACAAAAUCGAAAUCAGAAAGAAAACGCAAGACUGAAAAACGGUACAAUACUGCUGAUUCUAUCCAAGAACUUAAAAGAAAAGAACAUGCUGAUAAUUCUAUUCAUAAAAGAUUCUCGUGGAACUCAGGUUCAACUCAUAAAGAAAAUCGACAAAAUCUCUACAAACAUGUAAGUUCAGACAGUAUUCGCAGUUCAAGCGGAGUGAGUUCAACUUGCUCUUCUCAUUUGAGUCCUGAUCAUGAAAACAAUGAAAAUGAUGAAGAAACAACUCCAGUAAAUGUUCCGGCAGAACCAUUACUGACUGAACCAAAUGAGAACUUUUUAACUCUUAACACAGAAAACAAGACUCUAUCAAAGUCUAUGCCUGAUAUAGCUGUUCUUCUACAUGAUGUGUCUCCAAGUGAAAUGAAAGAUGGUAUAUCCUCUGUAGAUAUCACAGGUCUUGAUGUGAAGUAUGAAGGCUUAAACCAUAUGCAGGUUCUGAAUAUUAAAAAAUACCUCCUAUUGAACAGCAGUAAUGAAUCGGAAGUGUGACACUGGCUUUGUGAUAACAAUUUGUAAAUGGUAAACCAACCAGAAGAUAAUGAGACCAGUCACUGAUAUUUUCUUUCAGUCACCUUCAGAUCUCUACAUUUUUUGACACAAAACAUCUUUGACUACUUCAGUUGCUUUCCUUUAGUGGCCAUCCACCACUACUCCAAGGCAGCCACCAGAGCUCCAACUCCUCAUUGAGUUAGUUACUACAUUGGAGGCAGCCUCUAUCACCACCACCACCUCCUUUCCUCAUUGAAGCAGUUACCAAACAGAGGCAGCCACUGCCGCCACCACCACCACCACUAUCACCACUACACUUCAUUGAAGCAUUUACAUACUCAUGGGGGCAACUGUACACUCAUGAAGGCAGUCCUCAACUUAUGCUCUCUUUGUCAUUUGUUCUUGAGUCUCAAAUAUAUUCUACAUUAAGUUUUUCGAUUGAGUUAACAUAUCUCUGGAAACCAAGAGAUUCUUUGUUAAAUUACCCAUUAUCUAAACUGUAAGUUUGCUUAUGUAUGUAUGUAUUUAUUAUUGUGAAUUACUCUCCAGUUAGACCAGUGACUAGCAGAAAACCAGGAAACAAAUCACAAUUCCCCAUGUGUGUUUCAACAGUUCCACAUAAUCUGUGUUAAAAAAAAUACUCAAGAAACAUCACCAAUUCAUAGUUAUUCUGAAGAACAUACAUAUUUGGCAGAAAGUGGUAUUCUUUUAAACCAGACAGUAUGUUUAUUCGGUGAAACAGUUGUAAAGCAACAUAGGAAGAGAUGGAUAUCUUUGAACAGCUGGUAUCCCAAACUUCUAUCUCAUACCAUGUCAUUUACCAUCCAUGAUGUUGUAGAAGAUAAAGUUAGUGCCCUUAUUCUGAAGCUGUUAACCAAUCACAUUCAUAUAAACCAUUAUGACUCACUAAGUAUCUUCAAAAUACCAUGACUUUUUGUUUUCUUUAUUUUUUUUUUAUUUUAAUAUUAUUAUAAAUUGGUCCAGCACCAAGCUUGUUUCACUUUAUUUCUGUUACUAGAAAUAUCAAAUGUGGAAGUCUGUAGGGUUUUCCACCAGCCAAAUCCACAAUGAUAUCCUAGUUUUAAUUCCUACUACCCAAAAUAUAUAUCAUCUGUACAAACAAUAAUCCAGUUAUAUAACAACCCAUAUAACAACAUGUUUAUAGUGAAUUACAAUUGUAUGUUUACAUUUAAAGUAAGCAGUAUGUUUGAAACUGAUUAAGUUAUAUACUUAGUUCUAAUUCCAUAACUAUACUAACCUCUUUAGACAUACUACCUGCUAAUAGUUACAGUAUCAUUUAUACCUGUACUAUCUUUUUGAUGUAUAUAUAUUAUGCUAUCAUCACUUAUUGUAUCUCCCAGUACUAUAUUCUAUAGUGAUUCUAUCAAUUUUAGCUGUACUAUAUUUUAUAAUUUCAGCUAUAGCUAUGUUAUCUUCUAACACUAUACUUAAUAUGGUAACAGCCAUUUAUUGGUUGUAAAAUUAAUUCAUUGAAUCACUCAUAUGUCUUAAAUUCAGAAUUAAGUUUUGAUUUUACCUAGUAAAAGCAAAAUAGUUGAGUGGGUAAGACAUUAGACUACUGGCUCAUCAAACAUGAGUUCAAAUCCACUGUAGCUAUUUCAAUGUAUUUCUGAGAUAAGACACUUUACUCAUGUGUACAUACCUCUGGUCACCACACUGAAUAUUGAAUAUCUAGACUUCCAGAAAACAUUUCCUAUGAUAGACUGUAAUCUUUUCCAGGAGAAUUUUUUUUUAGCUCAGCUUACAUAUAUUAUAGUUAAUCACUAACCCUGGUUGUUGUUGUUGUUGUUGUUGUAACACCCAUACUAGCCCUGGUUGAUCUCAGUAUGAAAGAAUUAAAACAUAUAUGUUUACAUUACAAAGUUUGAGCUUUGGAGAUAGAAAUAUUGUGAAUUUGUAUCCCAUUUCUGGUGUUGUAAUAUGCAAUGGGUUUGACACCAGAUUUAUAUAACAUGCAAUGGGCUAAGACACAAAACUUCUCUUUCAGUGGUUUUAUGAUGUGUCAUGAGUAAGAUACCAAUUUUAUGUUCCAAUUCCUAUGUUAUAAUAUGCCUGGGUAAAACAUACAAUUUAUAUUCCCCUUCUGAGGCAGAAGUAUUCCCUGAGCAAAGCAUUAUAUUCUUCCUGCUUCAAUUACUAAGCAAUGAAGAAGAGAGAACCUUUGUUGGUAAUGCUCAUAAUUUACCUCUUGGUCUUCAGUGGACAAAAUUCUUAACCUAUUUAAAAAGAAGAUAAGCAUUGUAUCAUUGUAAUAAUAACUGUUGAAGUAUUACAAUGACCUUGGUUUAAGAGGACCAAUAAUCUGACUUUUACUUUAUAUACGUAUUUUCUAAUCUCUUCAAAAUUUAAAGUACAUUAAUAUUAAAAUAGAGAUCAGCAUGAAUUAUAAAAUUAUUGUUGGGGGAGGGUAAGAAAAAUCCGGUAACACAGGUGAUAUAAUGUCACAGAUAAAGGUGUUUAUUGCAGAGAUUGAACUCUUGAUCUUCAGCCAAUAUUCCUGCACCUUAGACACUUUUUGUCAGGGAAAAAAUGGCAUAGACAGAAUCUUUUCUUUUUUGGUUUUUUAGUACCUUCAAAACUGAUGGGAGGCAAGGAAGAAAACCAGACAUCUGCCUAAAUGUUUACAACAGACUAAGCUCCAUUAAAGUUACUCAAGAGUCAGGUAUGGGUAUCAAACUGAGUGACUAAUAGAGUAUGUCAACCCAGAACAGGGGCAAUCCUUCUGAUGAGUGUCCAUAUAGUUUCCAUCUACCAUUUUUAGUCACAAUGUUUUAGUUGACUCAUGGCCAUAAUGAUAGACAUUUGAUUAAAUGUAAAGCUAAUAUUUGUUUGAAACCUAGAACAAUCAAGUAAUGACACUAAAUUACUGGUAUCUAUUCCAGUAACCUCAGAGGUCAUAGGCAUGGCUGUGUGGCUAAGAAGUUUGCUUUCCAAUCUUGUGGUUUUGAGUUCAGUCCCACUGCAUGGCACUUUAUGCAAUAUAGCCCCAGACUUGAUCAAAGCCUCAUCAGUGGAUUUGGUUGAAGGAAACUGAAAGAAACCCAUUGUAUGUAUGCUGUAUGCGUGUGUGUGUGUGUGUUUGCUCACCAUUGUGUCCUUCAUUUCCAGUCUUUUGUGAAAAUCCAUGGGGAAAUAUUACAUUGCUUCAAAACGCAAAGGUCAUCCAACAAUAGAAAAUUUGCCCAAACAAAUUUCAUUUGACCCUGGAAAAGUGGGCAUUAAAUCAAUGAUCAUAAUAAAAGAAAGGAAAAUCAAAAUCUAGUGAUUUACUAUCACCAUAACAUAAAGGUAUAACACUCACAUAUAUAGCCGUGUGUAGGUCUCUGUACAGUCAUUCAACUUGCUGGAAAUAGCUGUCAAAUCUCCUUCGGAACAAACCAUAAUUUUUAGAUACAUUGGAUAAUGUAAUCAGGAUACGUUAUGCCUAAAAAAA